AUGGAUUUCGACGCCCUUCGUGCACGUACGCUGCGCUCUGGCGCAGAUGAAGAGGCAGUAACAGUCAAUACAAGGGCCUUGAUAGACAAAGUACUGGCCAGAUACUCUGGAGAAUGGACCGUCCUGCGGGAAUUGCUACAAAACGCCGCAGACGCUUCGGCAACAAAGAUCACAAUCAAGUUCGAGACCCUCCCGUCAGCCACCGUCCCUGUGCCCGCUGAUUCCUCACCGUCGAAUCUUUUGAAGCACACGGUCCUACAUCAUACACUGAAGAGACUGGUCGUCACAAACAAUGGCCAGCCUUUCAGCGAGAACGAUUGGAAUAGGCUGAAGCGAAUUGCAGAAGGAAACCCAGAUGAGACCAAAAUUGGUGCGUUUGGUGUUGGGUUUUAUUCGACCUUCGCAGAUUGCGAGAAUCCUUUCGUCUCCUCGGGACAGGAGGCAAUGGCAUUUUUCUGGAAGAACAAUUCGCUGUUCACGAGACGGUUACAGCUACCGGAUUCCGAAACUUCUUCGGAUACGAACUUCGUCCUAGACUACCGGGAUAUCACGUCCCCAGUCCCUCCGUUACUCCCUCUCUCACAGUUCCUAGCGAACAGUCUCACAUUUGUUGGACUGGAGAAUAUAGAGCUUUGGCUUGACGAGUGGAAUCUCCUCUCGCUGCAAAAGAAGACAUCCCCAAGUUAUGAUGUGCCAAUUCCCCGUGAUAUUGAGCCCAAAACGAGCGAGGGCUUCAUGAAGAUUACCAAGGUUUCAAAAGAAAUUGCCCAGAUAGAUGGCCAUUGGAUGAGUGUCGUUGGCUGGAAAGCCAAAAAGGACACAGUCCGGUCAACUGAGAAAGACUCCGGGCCAUCUCUUCGCAAAUUCUUCUCGCGAUUAGCAGGAACUGUGCAGGAGGAGAGCCAGGCGGAAGUCAGACCUGACCGUUCAGUCGAGCUAGAUUCUUUGGCGACGAAAGUGUCUGCCACGGUUUUCCUUAAUGUGAACACAGCGAGCAUCAAGACAUUUACCGGUCAAAAAUUCAAUGAGGAGCUGGAGCGAGCAACCAAGAAACCACCUCCAAAAACCACAAAACUCGCCAUCCUGACGGCCCCAUAUAUUGAAGAUGCCAGCCUAGCCAAGGCGUCUGUUGCUGGUGAUGUCUUUGGAACGGUUCUUCCAAGCAGAGGGGGAAAGAUAUUCAUAGGCUUUCCCACACAUCAGACGACCGGACUGAGUGCGCACAUUUCGGCACCUUCGGUCAUUCCAACAGUCGAACGUGAGGCUAUCGAUCUGAAUGCCAGAUAUGUGAGGACGUGGAAUGCGGAAAUGCUUCGUGCUGCUGGCAUUGUCUGUCGGAUUGCAUGGUCCUGUGAGAUGCAAGAACUCAAGGAAAAGACCCUGCGAGAAGCCAACGGCAAAUCAAAGAUCCGCAUGGAAGAAGUCAGUCCAUUCUUGGACGAGGCGAUCACGACGUUCAAGAAUUUCACCUUCAGAGAGUCCACUCCUUCGUCUUCGAUAGGCCAGCUCCUGGAAGAUGCAUUCUGGACAUGCAGCAAGAAAGCAGCUAUUGAGGUGGUUUCUACAUGCGGAGUACUUCUUACACAUGACGUUCGUAUUGCCCCGAAAGACAUGAGCUUCAUGGAGGGUAUUCCAAUCUUGCCUGAGAAACUGGCCUCUGAAGCCAAAGUUUUGGUGUCUAAGCUGGUCGACUUUGGUCUCCUGACCGAAGUGACAGUGACUGACAUCAAAUCUGCGCUUGAAUCGAGCCCUCUAACCACACCACAAGUGUCCGAAUUCCUUGGUUGGCUCACAAAACAAGCAACGAAUGGAAAUCUUGACAAGUCUACAAUCUCAAGUCUGCUGGCUGUUGCUGUGGCAAAUGAUGACAACCCAGAGGAAAACGGAAGUCCCUUGCUUCAGCUUGGAGAAAUUCGCCAUUUUCUGAAUCCUAGCAGAACACCUGUCGAUUUCCCGGUCCCGUCGUCAGUGAUGCCCUUCAAGUUCACGAAGAGCAUGAGCAAACACGAGCUGGAGAGUCUCGGAUGGGAGGAGCUUCAGUUGGUGACAUGGGUACGCUGGCUCAUCACUCAGUCUGGAAAUCGCCAAAUACUUGCCGAAAACCAGGACAUUACGAAGUCUGCAGAAUUCAGCUCGCAGGUUUUGCCUUUACUCUCGAAACAUUUUGAUUCACUCAGCCAACCUUUAAAGACAUCCUUGGUGGAAUUACUCGCCAAGCAUACAGUCAUCCCCACGAAAUUCGGGAUGAGAAAGCCAAGUGACGCCUACUUUCCAAGUGUCAGGCUAUUUGAUGAUCUGGCAACAAUUGAAGGGCUAGGAAAUGUCAAGGAUAAAUUCUUACUCGGCCUGGGUGUUCGCAAGACAGUGGAGCUAGGAGUGGUGUUCGAGCGCCUUUUGGCACUGGAGCCCAAGUCUGCCAAACCUGUGAGCAGUACCAACCCACAGUGGAGUCACGUCGAUCUGAUCAAAUAUCUUGCGUCUGUACACCAUGAUAUCCCCGCAGCCGACAUCCACAAACUCAGAAGUACCCCGAUAUGUCCUAUGCAACUCAAAGGCAAAAACGGUGGCGAGUCCACAGAGCGGUACAAAGUAAGCGAGUUGUUCGAGCCACGACACGACCUGCGCGAUCUCGGACUCCCAGUCUUAGCUUGGCCAGGGCCCUAUCGGAGCAAUACUCCAGAAGCAAAAUUCUUGAAUGCUCUCGGCCUUCGAACUACCCCUCUAGUCGGGGAACUCAUUCAGAUUAUAGCCGAUGCGGGCAAGCAAGGACCUAAGUACGAUCUCGACCACCGAGACAGAGCCUUGGCUUAUUUCUUAUCACACCAUCACGCUCAUGGAUAUGGCUUGUUCGAUUAUCAAAGCAUUAAGCUACCUUUCUUGCCGCUCGAGAACAAGCCCGAUCAGCUUGCCACUCCCACACAGUGCUUUGCAAACGAGGGAGCUGCUCUGCUCGGUUUCGAUAUUUUGAAAAGCGACUGGAUACCCCAUGCGACCAAGUUCGGCGUUAGAGAGCAUCCGCCGAUGGAUCUUUGCAUCAAUAUCCUUUCCAAACGGCCACCAGUCACUGCCAGUGACGCUCAGGCUAUCUUUACAUAUUUCGCCGGCCGGCUAGUAGAGAUCAAUAUCAAUCAUGUCUCAAGGCUGAUCGACACGAACUUCAUCCCCAUCUUCGUCAAGGACAAGGAGAAGUCGGCGCCAAAAAUUCACGCGUCACCUCGAAAUUGCUUUUUGGGCGAAAGUGAAGCUUUCAGUGAGAUCUUUAAUUACGUCGAUUUUGGCGCUGAUGCGAACUCAUUCCUUAUCAAAUGUGGCUCGAAGCAAGAGCCUUCUAAAUUGGAGAUUGCGCAAAUACUCGUGAAGGAGCCCGCGCGGAUUUCUGCAACGUUCUGCAGUGCUGAAAAGUACAUGGCAUUGCUCCGGAGCAUGGCCGAAGGCGCCAAAAUCCUGAAGAGGAACAAGGAGCUUUGGGCAGAGAUGAAGAAGGCACCAUUCCUCCUUGCAAGCAGAGAACUCCCGCCUCCGGCAUCAUCGGCAGAAAAGCAUGCGGGCUGUGUCGAUGAAACCGAUAAUCUUGACGAGGAAGAGGUCCAGGGUAUUCGCGAAUUUCAACUAUGCAGUGCCGACGAUGCUAUCAUCAUUGACGAUUACAUUAAUUACAACCUUUUCAAGGCCAGCAUACUCGCGGCACCCCAGGAAGAAAGUCUCGAAGACUUUUACUUUGCUCUCGGAUCUCCAUUGCUUAGCUCUCUAGUCGAGGAAGCCGCUCGCCAUGGCCCUAGGGCGGAGGAUCAAAAGCCCGCACAGAAGUUACAGAAACAGAUAUUGGAAAGAUCGACACUCUUUCUACAUGAGCAGCCCCCGGACAAUAUCAAGCAUGAUGCAAAGUGGCUAGAAAAGAAUCUGCAGGUUCAGCUCGUCUCAUCAAUUUCUCUGAGAAGAUCAUUGCGAGGAAGAAAUGUCACUCACACAGAAAAGCGCUCUGCGGUUAUCACAGCAGUCAAUAGAGAAUACACCUUGUGGAUCACGGGUGCCAGACCAGAUCUCUAUCAAGUCAGCCAGGCUUUAGUCCAUAUCUUGCUAACGAGACCAAAAUUGCAUUCUGCACUCACCCUCGAAAUGCUACUGAAGACCGACUUGCUUGAGCUCCGCGCUCGAGGCUUCAAUGUCUCUCGUAUUCUACGACAAAAGGCGGCCGAGAAUCGGCUGGCCGAGAGUAAGAGACAACAAGAACUUGAGGGGCAACAGAAGAGGAUUGAAGAGGAGCAGAAGGCGUGGCUAAUAUCCCAAGAACAGGCUGCGAAGGAUAGAGCUCCACUCAGUCACGUCCCAGGUGGGUUCCCAGAUUCACCGGAUAGCAAAGCACCGACAGCACCAGAACCCAGCACCUCCGUCACGAUCGGCAGCGAGGAGGUACGGAGACAUGGACGUAAUCUGUUCUCCAAUCUUUCGCGUCAACUUGGACUUGGCAACAAUCGUCACAUUCAACAGAUGCUAGGCCGUAAUGACGAUGAGCCUCCAGGGGCCACAAGCGGUGAGACAGCAGACCCUCCUCCACCUUAUCAAUACGACCAGCGGAGUGGUCAGACCAAGUCGACCGGCUCACCAGUUACCGCUCCUCACCAACUGCGGGAGAAUCUCCUCACGGCCAUUAAAAAGUCCCGUGCGCACAAUUCCUCAGAGUUGUUCAGUCGCGGAGAAACCAAUGUUCUCCAGGAGACCAAAUCAUACUGCGACGAGCACCCUGCCCAUGAUCUUACUUUCGUUGCUGAGAUCAAGGACGGCAUCCAAUGCUUUCUCUCCCCUUCAUCUGUGACCAAUUCAUCACAGUUCCUCCAGCAACACUCCGCUGGCUUAACUGCGUUUGCCAGCCUCAUCAAGUCCGUGGGAGAAGUGUUUUCCUUGAACCCGCGCACACUUAAUAUUUUCUUCGAAACCUCCGGGAAGACCAUCGGCUUCAACAGAAACGGAAGCAUAUUCUGCAAUUAUCGGUAUUUCGAACAAUUGCAUCAACGAAGCAUGGUACCAACGGGAAAAGAUGGGUAUAGUGAGGCGUUUGUCUACUGGUGGGUAAUUUUGUGCCAUGAACUGGCGCACAAUCUCGUGGCGGAUCAUAGUUCUGAUCAUAGUUAUUAUACCGAAGGUUUCGUGGCACAAUACUUCACCAAGGUCGUGAAGGUUUUGGGGCAGGCUCAGGGACAAGGGCUGGCGCAGCGGAGCACCCAUACAGAGGCCCCUCUUGUCGAGAUUUGA